AUACAUAUUUACUUUAAACAGAUUGUGAACAUAGGCUAACUAGCUAUAAGAUAGCUACACAUCAUUGCAUUGAGCUUCACUAGAAAGGGGUUAACUAAAAAUUAGAAAUUCUGUAAGCUAGCGAUAGUUAAACUGACCAAAAUCUGGACCUUUUUGCCAUUUUACUGUUAAACCUCACAUUUUCAAUCCUGAAUCGAAGAUCUAUCCUUGGUCACCUGCAACCAUGUCGACGCUGAGCAGUAAAUCUGCCCAAGAGAUCAGCGAGCUGCUGGACCAGUACGGCAUCAAGCACGGCCCUGUUGUCGACUCAACCCGUGGACUUUAUGAGAAGAAGCUAAGAGAAGCCAUGGCCAAAGGCACAGCAGUGAAACCGUCUUCUGACAAGACUUUCUACAGAGAGGAGCAAGAGGAAAUCACAUAUGUGCAUCGCCGUGUUCCAUUGAGAAAUGAAGCAUUCAUGGACAGUGGAAAAUCCUAUACAGAGAGAUACAGGGAGGAAGAGGAUGAAAGCGGGGAUCAACCCGGCUUGUACAGGACAGAGGCUUUCGAUCGCUAUGUGUCACACUCAACACCUCCUCCUCUGAAGACCUCCAGUACUGCAGCCAGGAAGGAAACCACCACACGUGACACAUGGCUCAUCCCGCUUUGGUUACAGUUCUUGGUGUUCCUGGGCGUGGCAGCAUUUCUCUACUAUGUUUUUACUUGCAUGGAGACUCCUGAGAAAAAUCCUUUCAAAAGAGUGGAAUGAUUUUUUUUUUGUAUUAUUUUUACAAAAAAGAAUGUGUGUGUGUAUGUGUGU